AUGCGGCGUCUUAAAGCCGAUUCGGCUGUUGCUUUCCAUUCAAUUUUGCCCAGCUGGAAGGAGCAUGCAAAGAUUUUCGAAUUUCUUGACCAUGACAAGAAUGGUUGCGUUUCCUUGGAUGAGUUCCACACCGCCAUCGAAGCGGCGGCGCCAGUCAAGUCGCUCGAGGAUUUGAGACGGAAGUGGGUAGCUCUGGGCUACCCAUCCAUGCGGCAGGCCCUCAUGGUCAUGGAGCUCAACAAAGAUCCGGGUAGGUCCUUCACGCUGCAGGAGUUCGGAGCACAGCUGUCGAGGGUAGGCGUGGAAGAUGAGAUGGAGCACCAGAACAUUUUCACAGCCAUCCGCGACCCGUUCAGCUUCAAUCAGACAGUCACUUUGGAAAUGUUGGCAGCUGCUAUGAGUGCAAUUUCACCUUCAUUGCUGCUGGAGGACUUGAGAGAAAAGAUCCUGAGGAAGUUCGGGUCGCUCUCGAAUUGUUUUGCAGCCCUGGACAUGGAUCAAGGUGACUCAUUGGACAUCGGCGAGUUCAUCCGCUACGCUGUUCCCGCGUGGAAGUUGACGACUCACGAAGCAGCUAAAGUAUUUCGACUGAUUGAUGUCGACGGCAGCCUGGAGAUCAGUAAAGACGAGUUCGUCACUGCCCUGACUCUUUCCGAGCCGAAUCUCUACCUUGAUGAGAUCCGACGGAAAGUCCGACAGCGCUUUCGAAGUAUGCGUGGCCUUCUCAGCGAAGACAAUGACGGCGUGGAGGUGGAUGAGGUGCUGGACUUGGAGCCGCCUCCGGCUGUGGAGAUUGCUCCCUCAAGGCGAAACUCGCUCUAUCAGCGGCAUUCCCUCGUGGCUCAGGGUAAGGAGACGCCCAACAGCAGUGAGCCGUGUUCGCGGUCGGAGUCGCGCCGUGCAUCUUGGAUUGCGCGACACUCUGGCAUGGGUGCCGAGAAGGCCGAAAACUUCCUCAAGGAUCUGGUGGCAGAAAACCAGACGGAGGAUGACGGCAGGACGCCCGAAGAGUACCAGGAGUUGCUCGGCCAGGUGCAGCUUUCCGAGCAGGAUACGAAGGCAUUGUUCAACCUGAUGGAUGUGAACCGAGAUGGGAAGUUGACUACCACGGAGUUCGAGCACGGUGUGCGGCUCUUUGCGCCAUCCACGGCUCUCGAGGAUCUGCGGCUGACUUGCAUCUCAAAAUACGGUGGCAUCCCGGAGACGUUCGCAUCCCUGCGGCCUGAGCAGCGAGAGGCAAGCCUCGAGCUUCUUCAGCUCAAGAAGUUGCUGGAGGAUUUGCGAAUCUGGGACGAGACCACCGGUGAUUUGCGGCUAAUUAUGGACAUUGUCGAGUCCCAUAGAGACGGCGGCACCAGUAUUUGCGAGCUGAUGGCUGCUCUUCAAGCUGGUCAGACAGGCACCCAGGCUCGUCUUCCUCCAGACCAGCGUGAUGCCAAAGCGCGCCAGCAGGUGAAGUGGCAGAUGGCACCCUUCCACAGAUGUGCCAGCGAGUUGCGCACCAAUGUCAGAGAGAAGCCGAACCCCAACGGGGACCACCGGGAAUGGUGGAAUGGAAGAUCUCGAGACACAGCGAAAGCCAAGCACGCCGAGCUGAAAAAGGAGUCGCAGAGCCUGGUGCAGAAGUUGAAAAGGGAUCGAUCUAUGCCAACAGUGCGGCGUGUUGAGGGAGAUGGCCAAGAUCCAUCGUGGGGUGCGCCCGCCCGCGCUGAGGAGGAGGUAUCCUGCAACAGCAUUCCUUUUGGGCCCAUGCGCAGCAGCUACCGGAAGGUCGCUUCGUUUCUGGACGGCUUGGAUGAGAAGGAGUCUGUGCCACUGGUGAGCUCCUUGCACCAUUACUAUGCCAAUGCGGGUGAGACUGUCAGCAGCAGGGAAGGCAUUUUGUGCUCGCCACAGAGCAGAUACAAACAAUUUCAGAGCUGCUCUCAUCAUUACAAGCUCCUCACUCGCCUUCCGGGGCAGCCCUGA